AUGUCAAAGAGAAAGCGAAAUAAUGAAGGCACUCUCGGGGAAUCUUCCUUGCAGACAGCCACAGGCUCGAUAUCCUUACGAAGCUAUACGAUCGGAUGGAUAUGCGCCCUAUCCCUUGAGAUGGCCGCGGCAAAAACAAUGUUGGACGAAAUCCACUUAGAAGCUCCGAAGAUACCCGAUGACGAUAACUCUUACAUACUCGGAUCUGUUGCCCAUCAUAACGUUGUUAUUGUCUGUCUGCCGGCAGGAGGGUACGGGACGAUAAAUGCCACGGCUGCAGCCGCAAGGUUAAAAGCUAGUUUUCCAUCAAUCGAACACUAUUUGAUGGUUGGCAUCGGCGGGGGUGUACCUGACAAUGAUGCGGAUAUUCGACUUGGUGAUAUCGUAGUCAGCAUACCCACCACAAAUCUACCUGGUGUCGUCCAGUAUGACUUGGGAAAGACGGUUGCUGGAGGCCACUUCCAAAGGAUCGGUGUUCUCAAUAAGCCUCCUCACGCCCUACUAAGCGCUGUAAGCAAAUUGCGGGCGGAUCACAAAACGAAAGAACCAUCUAUAUCACGUUUUAUUACCCAAGCCAUUCAAAAGUAUCCUCUAAUUCAGGAUAACUUCACUUAUCCUGGUGCACAACAAGAUCAACUUUUCGAUUGGGAAUAUGAGCAUACCGGCGGGGAAACAUGCAGGAACUGUGACAUCAACAGGAUAGAGAGGAGGGCUUCUCGGUCAAGCCCAGAACCCCGAAUUCAUUACGGCGUGAUUGCAUCCGGAAAUCAAGUUAUUAAACAUGGCCAGAUGAGGAAUAAACUUGCAAAAGAGAUGGGUGUAUACUGCGUCGAAAUGGAAGCCGCCGGCCUGAUGGACACCUUUCCAUGCUUGGUGAUACGGGGAAUUUGUGAUUACGCCGAUUCCCAUAAAAACAAAAAAUGGCAGGAUUAUUCGGCAGCUACUGCUGCUGCGUAUACCAAAGAGCUCCUUUGCUUUGGAAUUCCGGGGGCGAAAAUACAAAAACAAUCCGUUAUCAUUCCAGAUCAUGAUCAAGAAGAAAUUGAACUGCUGUUUCUUCAAUCGCUUUCGUUUCUUGAGAUCGAUAACCGACGGGAUAACAUCGAAAAACCUAUUCGCAAUACCUGUGACUGGUUUUUCGAAACCGAAGUCUUUACACAGUGGCUACAAAGACAAGAUAUUGAGCUUCAUAAUGGAGUACUUUGGAUUAAGGGCAAACCCGGUGCUGGGAAGUCCACGCUGCUAAAGCACACAUUGAAUCAUUGCGAGCGUCUCUUGAAGGAUCAUAUGAUUGCAGCAUACUUCUUUAGCGCUCGCAGUAGCGAGAGGUUAGAGAAAUCUUUUAUUGGCAUGCUAAGAUCGCUGAUCUAUCAGGUUUUAGACCAAGACAGUCAGUUAUGUCAGAAUUUCAUUUCAUACUUCCGCAAAAAGAAGAAAAAGCACGGGCCCAAAAUUUGGAAUUGGUCUGAAGGCGAGCUUAAAGAUCUCUUCAUUCGAGCCGUCACCCAAAGCCAACGGCCGAUUGUCCUCUUUGUGGAUGCGCUCGAUGAGUGUGAUGAAGCAGAAAUCAGAGCCGUCGUCGCCUACCUUGAAAAUCUUAGCUCCGUUGCUAUUGCUAGUAAAACUGAUCUCUCAAUUUGCCUGUCAAGCCGCCACUAUCCCACCAUCACGAUGCAGAAGAGCCUCCAGAUAAUUCUUGAAUCCCACAUCAACCAUCAAAAAGACAUCGAAAUUUAUAUACAAGAAAGACUUACGCCAAUGAUACCGGAGACUCAGUGGAUUCGGGCGGGAGUGCGUACGAGGGCAGAAGGAGUUUUUAUGUGGGCCGUUCUUGUUGUCGAGAUGCUCAACCGUGCAUUUGACGAAGGUGACAUCGCUGCUGUGGAGUACAAGCUUCGACAAAUACCUCAAGGCCUCGAAAAAGUCUUCUUAGAUUUGCUAGGGAAGGACAACACACAUAAAGAGGAAACUCUUUUGAUUCUUCAAUGGCAGUUGUUUGUAGCCUCCGACCUAGAACCUCAGGGAUUAUAUGAAGCCGUAAUAGCCGGGACGGCUCCUGAGAGCUUAGUUCCUGAAGCACGACAAAAUCCGCUCAUCACCCUAGACGUUAUCAAGCGAUAUAUUACCAGUACCUCGAAAGGGCUUAUCGAGGUUUCCAAAAGUAGUUUAAGAUCUCAAUUUAUCCACGAGACCGUGAGAGACUUCCUCCUUCGGAAUCAGAGGCUUGAAACUCUAUAUCCGAUUCUUAAAGAUCAGAUGGUUAAAGCAAGUCAUAAAAGGCUCGCUGGCUGCUGUCUUACGGCUCUAAAAAACCCCCCUUCUGAGGUCUGGAAGCUGGCGCAUUUCCUGGAGGUUUUUAGACAACCUCACGUCCUCAAAUUACUGUAUUGCAUUGGCCUGAACGCCAGGUUUUCUGUUAGAAAAUUUACUGACAGCGAUCUGCUUCAGGUUAUAUCUAGAAGAAACUGCCCAGGCCUCGUCAGGAUUCUGCUGACAAACGGUAAGAUAAGCGCCGGAGCUGUGGGCGUCAACAUCAAUCAGAAUCAACCUCUCGUUUCCGCCAUACGGAACGUAAUUUUAUACAAAUAUUCCCUAGAAACCAUCGAGGCACUCAUUGAGGGUGGAUCAGACCCCAAUCGGGCUGGAUGCCCGCCAGAACACGGUACCAAUACAACCCCGUUAGAAGCUGCAGCACUUUCGCGAUUUCAGAUGUCGCUGGAUCACGAAGAAGUUGACGUUAGUACCAACAUCAACAUUAUAAAAAUGCUAGUGGCGGCCGGCGCAAACAUUAAUCUUCAACGACCUUCUGGGAGCCUGCUACAGACCUGUAUUACACAAAGAACAUGUAGCAAAGCAAAUAUCGCUGUGAUUAAGGCUCUAAUUGACCUUGGCGCUGAUGUCCAUGCGGAGGGUGGUGGUUACAAAAAUGCAUUAGAUGCAAUGAAGGCGCGAACUUGCCGUUGUCAGGAUUGCAAUAAUGGCCGCGAAGAGCUCACUCGGGUACUUAUGAAUGCGAUGCAACUUGAACCAUAG